AUGAAUACUGAGAAGGAAAUAUUGGAUAUAUACAUAAAAAAUUUGGAAAAUCAAAUUGGGAACAAACGAUAUUUUUUGAAGCAAGCUCAAAAUGCUGUUGAUGAGAUCACAAGAAGAACCGUAGAUACUGAAGAAAAACCGGCUAACCCUAGCAUCUUUGCAGAGUUAUUAAAAAAACCGAUGUUUUUAUCGGAAAGAGCAGAUCCGAUUGGCUACAGCUUGACAUCGAAUUUUCUUGCUUCGAGGGCCCAAAGUUCCAGUGAAUGGCUUUCAGUGAUGAGCGAUCAUUCAGUUGAUAAAAAAGCGAUGGUGUCGUUACAGAAAAAUAUCAACAAUGACUUGGAAGAAUUGCUAAGAAAACUAGAGCACCAACUGACCGUUAUAGAUAAUAGGAAACUGGACGAAGUCCGUGUAAGGACACCAAAAGUCAGAAAUAAGGAGCUUUGGGUCUCACUGGAGAACUUUGUGAAAAAUUUUUUAGCAUCAAAUUUGAAUAAUAAUGAUGAACCAAUAGAUGAAUUAACGAGUGAGAUCUUGGGAUUAUUGAAAAGACUGAUUGAGCAUGAUUUAAAUCUAACAUUGGGCGACUUUUCAUUUAGAACGAUGCCAAUAUACAGAUUAGGGCUUAGAGCAAAUAUAAUAACAGUAACUAGGGACUCUACAAAUCCAGAAAUUAAGUAUAUCAAACUGAUAGAUUUCAAUGAGACCAGUCUGACUUAA